AUGGUACGGUCAUUGGUAUUGGGGGUCGUCGCCUUGGCGGUCCUGGUGACGGCCCAGUCCUCGAUCACGCCGAUAUCGCCGACGCCGUUCCUCACUUCGACGCCUGCUCCUGGCUCGACUCCGGCGCCAACUGGGACAACGGAUGUCAGGGCGGAAACAUCAGCGACUGGGGCCACUUCUGCUUCCGCGGCGGAGACUCACACCAUUGCCGUUGGUGUUUCCGGGUACUCGUUCACGCCUUCGAAGACGGAGGCCAAGGUCGGCGAUACCAUUGAGUGGAUCUUCUAUCCCGACGCCCACUCUGUCAUCCGCGCCGAGUUCGGCUUCCCCUGUACGCCGUACGAAUAUGUGGACAUUGGCCGCCAGGGGUUCUACAGCGGCCCUCAGCCGGUCAAGGCCAUCACUAAUAACAUGCCGCGGUAUCAGGUUGUCGUCAACGACACCGAGCCGAUCUUCUUUUACUGCGGCGCCCCGGGGUCGUGCUAUAAAGAGAAAAUGAUCGGGGUCGUCAACGAAAACUCGACCAAUACGCUGGCGAAGCAGCUCGAGGCGGCGCUCCCGUUGACCACGCAGAUCCUCCCCGGCGAACCGUUCCCCGUCGAAUCGGACGCGCCCAGGCCCACCAACGGCUCCGGCUCCGGAUCCUCGGACAACAACGGCGCCGUCAUCAACAACAACUUCCACCACGCCCUGAGCGGCGGCCAGAUCGCCGGCAUCGUCAUCGGGGCCGUCUCCUUCCUGCUGCUCGGCGGGAUCCUGGUCUACAUGUGCGGGCGCCGCGGCGGGCUCAACCGCGCCUACCGACGAGCCUCGACCAUGUACCAGACCCAGCCCCCGCCGCAGCUGCCUCCGCAGCGGCCCAUCACGGAGAUCAACUACAUGGUGCAGCCCAAGAGCCCGGCGACGCAGGAGUGGAGGAACAGCCACUACAGCUCCUUCAGCGCCGCCCCGUACCGCGACGCCACCUCCGUCGGCCAGUUCUCGCCCUCGGUCAGCCCUCAGCCGACCGGUUUCGCGCACCCGCUGGGCGGCAUGCACACGUACUUCGACCCUCGCAUCUCCUCGAUAGCACCGAGUUCCGUCUUCGAGGCUCCGGACAACCAAAGCGCGGCGGCUCCCGCUCCGCUCAACGUCCCCGGCGCCGCGCCAGUCGAGCUGCCGUCGUUCAGCGAUCCGGGCAACUCCCCGCUCCCGACGUACACGUCGCGGUUCUCUUUCAUCGGGCAGGAGAGCGAUUACCGGCCGACAAAGGAGACGUAG